AAAAAAAAAAAAAAUCUCUGUGUGACCUUUGUUCCCUUUUGGACUGACAAAAACAGCCAGAGUAUAAAAAGGAGGGGAAGCGUCUGAGGACACACUGUUUUUUUGUUGAAGGAGCUGCCUUCAACUCAACACUGUGCAGAGGCAGCUUUCCAACUAACGGAUCGGGGCGGUGAAGAGGCGCAGGAGGUAUGAGGACCUACCUCGGCCUGCUCCUCGCUCUCUGCCUGCUCCGAGGGGGCGGGGCGGAGAGCGAGGGGGGCGGGCCGCGCUGUCAGCCCCCGCCCAGCUGGAAGAUCGGGGCGGCGGAGCCCAUGAGGGAGGCCAUGGGCCGGGUGACCGUGGUGGCUCUCCUGCAGGCUAGCUGACUGUUCUGCUUGGUGCAGGCGUCCAGAAUGGACGGGCUGCGCCUGAAGAUGGAGAGCGAGGGCUUGAAGGACGUGACCUACAUGGUCGUCAACCAGCAGGGGGUGCAAGCUCAGAACCUGCACCCCAUGCUGGAGCAGAGAUUGUCAGCCAACAUAGCGCUGUACAAACAGGAGGAGCAGCAGCCGGACGUCUGGCAGCUGCUGAACGGGGCCAAGGAUGACUUUUUCGUCUAUGACAGAUGUGGACGCCUCACCCACCAGAUUUCACUUCCCAACUCCAUCAUUGGCCAGGGCCACAUUGAGGGCGCCAUCAAGGACGCCUACUGCAAGCGCUCAUGCGGCGCCUGUGAAUAUGAGAGUGUUGAGAUCCCCAGUGAGUGUCAAGCCAACGUAGAAGAACGACCUGCCGCACCAGCAGUGGAGACGGACACAGGGCAUCACCAUCAUCAUCAUCAUCCCGGGCAUCACGGGCAUGGCCACCAUCAUCAUCAUCAUCAUCAUCACCAUGGAAACCAAGACCCCGUUGUGGUUCCCCAUCAUAGCGUAGAUGACCACAAUGCGGGACAACAGGCUAACCAGGACCUCCACUUCCAGGAGGCGCAGAGUUCUUCUGUGAUGCAGGUCCCGUUAGAGCCCAGUAAGACCAAGUGAAAGCCCAAGCACAGCUGACGGCUCGCCGACGCCCCGCCGGCCAGCUGAUGCUGACACUGACGGAGGCUGUUCGGCGAGGCGGCCAGCGACCGGCCUCACAGCCUUUGACGCUGCGAUCAGGCGCUGCCCGCCACCUGCCGGUGACACGGUCUGGGCGAGGCCGAUCACGUCAGCGAGAGCUGACAGUGACGCCCGCCUCCCGUCGGCUGGCAGCCACCCGAGCCUCAGAUGUGAGCCUGACCCCCUGGGAUGGCCAGCUGAGAAUGAGGCCACCUGUAAGCUGGACGUCAUCUUAAAUGUCGCUGUCUUGUUCCAAAAAUUAGCGUUUUCCACCUUUUGGUCUCGCCCAUGGUUCAUGAAGCCAGGCGCGGAAACUACGCUCUAGUGGCGUCUGGCUGAAGCCGCCAUGGCGGGGACGGGAAGCAACCAUUAAGGAACAUGACCGACAGGUUCGUAACAAUUACAAUUGGGCAUCCCAAAAUAUUUGCGCAAAGUGAUAAAAGAAGGAGGAAGGGGGAAUACUUAGGACAGGGGUCGGCAACCCAAAAUGUUGAAAUAGCCAUAUUGGACCAAAAAUACAACAACAAAUCUGUCUGGAGCCGCAAAAAAGUUAAAAGCCAUAUUACAUACAGACACUGUGCAAUGAGAUAUAAAUUGAAUUAAGAGGACUUAAAGGGAACUAAAUGAGCUCAAAUAUAGCUACAAAUGAGGCAUAAUGAUCCAAUAUGUACAUAUAGCUAGCCUAAAUAGCAUAUUAGCAUCGAUUAGCUUGCAGUCAUGCAGUGACCAAAUAUGUCUGAUUAGCACUCCACACAAGUCAAUAACAUCAACAAAACUCACCUUUGUGCAUUCAUGCACAACGUUAAAAGUUUGGUAGACAAAAUGAGACAGAAAAAGAAGUGGCAUAAAUCACGUCCUAGAAAGUCGGAAAAAGUUAUACAUGUAAACAAAUUACGGUGAGUUCAAAGACCGCCAAAAUUAGUAGGACAAAACGGCGCUCACCAAAUACUCGAAUCAGUGAGGCAUGUUUAAUACAAACAGUGUGCUCUAUGACAAUUAGAGAGGUUGUGUCAUGUUUGUCCUCCUACAAAAACCAUAGUAAAACAAAACUUAUGUUUUUCCCCCUCAUCUUUUUUUAUUUUUCAUACAUUUUUGAAAAAGCUCCAGAGAGCCACUAGGGCGGCGCUAAAGAGCCGCGGGUUGCCAACCCCCGACUUAGGAGAACAUAGCAGGGGACAAAACCAACACAUUAAUAAUCCUUAUAAUAAUCACCACUUCCAGUAUGCACACACACUAUCUACUUGGCUUUCUUUCUGUAUUAGAUUUAAUGGCAAAACAAAGGUUCUUAUGGGAAAAAAAAAAAAAAAAAACGAUCCACUGAGGGCGAAGAACGAGCUGGAAUACGCUCCGUGCUUAAUGAUGGUUUCUGUGGGAAGGUGAAAAGUCACCCAGAAAACUGAUGCUGGCACAGAAAUACGUAUUUGAAACCAGGUGAGGACAACAUGUAAAAGGACGCAGUGGAACAAAUAAAAGUGGAUUUAAUUGCU